AUGUCGGCCCCCUCCCGCUGUGAAAUGGAGGCCCCUGCGCCCUGCAGGGGGGACACUGAGUUGCAGCCCCCCCAUGUGGGGCAGGGGGACCUUUCAGAGGGCGCCUCCAGCCAGAGUGGAGGGUAUGAUCUCAACCUCUUCGCCAGCCCUCCCGACUGCAACUUCCUGUGCUCCAUCUGCCAUGGGGUGCUCAAGAGGCCGGUGAGGUUGCCAUGCAGCCACAUCUUCUGCAAGAAGUGUAUCCUCCGCUGGCUAGCCAGGCAGAAGACCUGUCCGUGCUGUAGGAAAGAGGUGAAAUGGAAAAGCAUGGUCCACGUGAAUAAACUCCGGAAAAUCAUUGGCCGCCUGGAAGUCAAGUGCAAGAACGCUGAGGCUGGCUGUUUGGUGACGUGCCCCCUGGCCCAUCGUAAGGGACACCAGGACUCAUGCCCCUUCGAGCCGAUGGCCUGCCCCAAUGAGGGCUGCUCCGCGCGGGUGCCACGCCGGGCUCUGGCCGAGCACCGGCAGCACUGCCAGCACAGGGCCCAGCGGCGCUGCCCCCUGGGCUGCGGAGCCACCCUUGGCCCUGCCGAGCAGGCCGACCACAACUGCUACCGUGAGCUGCGCGAGGCCUGGGGCCGGCGCCAGGAACGCAGCCGAGCCCUGCUGUCCCGCCUGCUGAGGUGCGUGCGCCGGGUGCAUCGCUCCACCAAUCUCAUCCGCCGGCAGCUGGCCCAGCUCGCGGACUUCCUGGAGGAGGACGAUGUCCAGCUCGAGAGCGUACCAGAGGAGGAGCCUGAGACCGCCCCGGAAGGCAGCAGCGGGGCUGGGGUGUGGGAGGUUCAGGGCCAAGGUACCUUGUACAUAGAGGAUUAA